GACUGGAUUUGGAUUGAUAGGACUCGCCUUCCGCAGCCUGUUACUCCUAAUUGCCAGCGUGUAUCUGGAAGGCGCUAGGCUUGGGGGGAGCCGCCUCAGGCACGGGUAAUCUGCAGUCUUGGGAAAGCAAAAAACCCGAAUCCUGUACGACUUGAGAGCGCCUUGGCUUGAAUGCAGAAUUAUAUGAACGGAGUUAUUUAUGGUGCGUUGGGUUAUAGUUUGGGACUUGCAGUGUUCACAGUUUCGUUAUUCGAAGACAGCUUUCCAACAGCCUUGUGUUUUGCGUCCAGUGAGGAGAAAGGACGACGUGCACUUUUUAAAAUCAACGAGCAAAUUCUGCUGCGUGGAAGCCCAGUAUAUAACAGUUGGAAGGGGUCUUGGGGAUCAUCUAGUCCAACCCCCUGUCCAUUGCAGGAAUCUGCUACUCCAGCGUCCUGAACGAUGUGAUGUCUUGGUUACUUUGUAGGGAAUGUGAGGCAGCAUUCUUCGGUAUUAUAUGAUGAUGCAACCGUUGUUGACUGUUCAAAAGUACUAAGACUUCAUUAUCAUUUUAACGACUAUGCCUUGACACGUGUUCUUGGUGAAAUGGGUAUAUGGAGAGUUCGAACCUGAUGCCUCCUGGGCAGGCUUUUCUUGCCUCAGCUAUUUUUUUGUACUUAUUAUCAAGAAAUGCUACGAUACUGGGUUUGCAAACUAUUAGUAUAUGUCAGUUAUUGCCCUGUUCUAGCUGUUCUACUUUUAUGGCCUGUUUCUUUCUUUCAUAUAUUCAUUUCUGGACUAGCUUUCUCUACAUGGCAAAUAGCUCGGAUUAUUUUCAUCCCCAAACAUCACCCAAUUGUCCAUAAUUAGCUUUUGAGAAAAGUCUAGGUUGACAUCAUGCUUGCUAGGAAUUAUCUCGGGAGGAAACGCGGUAUAUGAGGCGCAUUCUCACAUCUGAAACCAUUUCCUGCCAUUUGAAAUGCUACAGUCUGUAAUUCUACCGCCUCUAAAUGAUAGGCCUUUGCUUACUUAAUAUUAUGCUGCACUUAGUCUGCAGAUACAAUGCAUUUUUACUCUUUUUCCGAUGGACUAGCAGGAAAAGGAAGUGAUACUGGUUUGCCUAUAUGAAAGCAGAAGUCUUUUUUAAACUUUCUGAAUGAAGCAAUAGCUUAUUUCCCUACUGUUAGCACUCAGUGAAGAGUUUGGCAACACAGUUGCUCUUCAGGGGGCCCUGAAUUGUUUGUGGUAGCAGAUUUUGGCCUGCUGCUGCUGCUGUGUGAAAAGAGCUCCCUGCCCAUUUUUGAGAUGGCGGAAAACUUUUGACAAGCUACUUGUUCCCAGUGACAAUCUCUCAGGCUUCUGUCAGGCAAUGCGGGAACUAGAAGCAGGAGCAGGUAUAGCAUGCCAGAAGCUCUCAUGGCCCAGGAUCCUGCAAAGCUGCAAGCAGAGGUAGAGCGACUAGCGGCUGAGCUGCAGGAGGCAACCCAAGAAAACGUCCAGGCAGCCCAGUAUGGGCUGGCUGUGCUGGAGGAAAAUGAUGAGCUCAAGCAGCGCUGUGGAGAUCUGGAAGGUCAACUAGAGGAGCUACGUGCAGAAUUGGCCCACAUGAAGGAGGCUUUAGCAGAGUCUCAUAGCAGUCAUAAGCGAGCAGCAGCUGAUGGGGAGAACCGAGAAGAAUGUCUGCUCAGGGAAUCGGCUUCCAAAGAGGCCCAUCUGACUCAAACCAUUGAGGAGCUCCAAAGUGAUGUGAAAUUCCUGAAAUCCCAGCUUGACAAUACUGGGGUGGAAAAUGAGCGGCUCAGUGUGGCUCUGCGAGACUUAAGGAAGGAGUGCCAGACCCUGGAGUCCGAAAAAAAUCGAUUACGUGAGGAGAUGAAACAAGCCAAGUCACGGGAGCUCCGCCAGUUGCAGGACUGUGGAGAGCUUGAGGAAGAGAACAUCUCCCUGCAGAAACAGGUCUCCAUCCUCAGAGGAAGUCAGGUGGAAUUUGAGAGUAUCAAGCGUGCCCUGAAGUGCCGUGAGGAAGAGCUCAUGCUGGCUGGGUCCCAGCUGCAAGAACUGGGUCGUCUUCGGGAUUUGGCAGAACACCAACUUCAGGAGGCCCUUGAGACUGUCCAGGCUGAGCGUGAGCAAAAGCAGGAACUGCGGCGGGAACUAGCCAUCUAUGUUGGGGGGCGUCACGAUUCCCUGAACAGCUUGCAGACCAACAUGGAGGAGCUCAGCCACAGUCACACAGAGUGUGAGGAGCAAGACAGUGGUUUUGCCAAUGGUAGCAAUGUAGGGGGCCUGACAUCCACACCCCACAGCUUGCAGCCUGCACCUGGUCUUGUUGCAGACCUCUUCAGUGAACUCAGCUUGGCAGAGAUUCACAAGCUACAGCAGCAGCUCCUACAGGCAGAAAAGGAAAAGGCUUCACUAGCCUCAGAUUUGCAAGAUCUCAAGAAGCAGCUGACCAGGACUAAGGAGAUUUUGGCCCAGCAGCAGUUCUGCAACAGCCAUCAAGUAGAUCAGCUUCCAGCCCUGGAGGCUAACCCUAGUGCUAAUAAUGGUGGGGCUAGCCUGUCACCCAAUAAUAGGGAAUACUACCAUGAGGAGUUGGACAGGGCCCAACUGGCAAUCCGGCAAGAGAGGGAGGCAGCUGCUCACUUAGAAGCUGAGCUGAGAAUUGCUAGACGGAUGACCAGAGAGUGUCAGUCACGGCUGGCUCAGGCUCAGGAGGAGCUCCUAAUUUUUUCUGAGGAGAUGGCAGCUCUGUACCAUCACAUCUGUGCCUGCCACAACAUAACCCCUCAGCGUGUGGUGUUGGACUAUUACAGGGAGGGCCGUGGUGUCCAAAAUGUGCGCAGGAGGCAAUCCUCCAGGAAACAUAUAUUCACAGAAAUAGAGACAAGUAGCAGUGGAGACAAGUCACCAGCCAGUAGCCCGGGCUCCCCAUGCAAUUUGGAGCCUCUUCAUGUUGCCAAUCUGACAGAGAUCUUGCGAGAACAGCUGGGGCAUCUGCAGGUGGCACUGUCCAGUGCACUUCAGCAGAGCCCAAUGGGGCACAGAGAUGAACUGGAACGCGAUAAAGAAGUUCUGGUGGAGGAGGUGCUGAAACUGAAGUCCUUGUUGAGUACAAAGCGUGAACAGAUUGCUACACUGCGCACAGUGCUUAAGGCCAACAAGCAGACAGCAGAGGCGGCCCUCUCAAAUCUCAAAGGACAGUACGAAGGUGAAAAGGUGCUGGUGUCAGAGACCAUGUCCAAGUUGCGUCACGAGCUCAAGGCCUUGAAGGAGGAUGCUGCUACUUUCUGUUCCCUACGUGCCAUGUUUGCUAGCAGGUGUGAUCAGUAUGUGAGCCAGCUAGACGAAAUGCAACGGCAACUGGAAGCUGCAGAGGAUGAAAAGAAGACCCUAAACUCCUUGUUGCGCAUGGCUAUCCAGCAGAAGCUGGCACUCACACAUCGACUGGAGGCUCUUGAAAACCCAGUGGAAGGGUUGCGGGGCAAUAGGAGGGCACUCAGGCCAGCCAAGGGUAGUGCGAGAUGAGGCUAACAGGAUUCAGUACAGGAUUUCAUGGCUAUUUGGGAUGCUCUGUGACUACAGGACUCCAGCUCUCUUUUGAGUAACCGAAAACACUUGGUACCUGCAACCUGCAGCCACUCAAGAAGGAAACUGGAUAAGGAGAGAACCUCUAGCCAGAAUGUGCUUGUUUAUCCUUCCUCCUCCUUUUCCUUACUGCCUUAAGAAUUCCCAAAGAUAUACUUUCUCUCUAAAUGUGUCUCUGGAACUGUUUUGUAAAGCACCUCUAAUACUAUACCUUUUUCUUAGCUCUAUUCUAAUGACAGCAACGUCUGCCUUGAAUAAGGCUACACGCUUAGUGCUGAUUGGCUGAAAGAAAGUGGGGAGGUCUCCUUUUUCACUACCCCAUAUUUCCUUUUCUUUCUCUUUUUUCUUCAUUGACCCUCCUUUUGUUUUGCUUAUCUGUUUGCCACAAGUUUUACAGGUAGUUUGCAACACAGUAUGCAA